ACCUCCAGAUUUGCAUUUUCAGAGGAGGAGAACUAUAGUCUGAAGAAAAUUGCCAAAAUUGAAGAUCCAGCGGAUUAUUCACGGCUUGGACUGCUGCCCAAAAGAGCAGAUAUAGACAUGAAUCAACAUGUAAGCUUCGUCACCUAUUUUGACUGGGUCCUUGAGAGCAUGCCCCAAGAAAUUAUCAACACACACGAACUCCAAACCAUCACCUUGGAUUUCCGACGCGAAUGCCAGCACGGCGUCAUGGUCGACUCACUUACCAGCUUAGACUCAGAAGAAAUCCUACUUUCAAAGAACACCAAUGACCACACCUCCAACCAGCAACACAACCAUGGGAGUGGUUAUCUUAAUUUUCUGCACUUCUUGAGAUUUUCAGAGACCGGCCUGGAAAUAAACAGAGCGCGAACUAUCUGGAGGAAACUCAUCCGGUAAUAUAAUUUGUCAAUUGUUCUAUUCUGCAAUUUAUUAUGUUGCUUUUGUCCUCUUUAAUUUCUACAAACAAGUCUGGCAAUGUCAGUCUUAUGUUUGGAAUUCUGCUUGUUGCUUAUCCUUUUUAUGGAUAUUUGAUUUUGGUGGCCAUUUAUGUAAUAAGAUUUGA